GUGCACAAAUAACGAACCCAACGGUGAGAGAGAGAGAGAAAAACAAAGGAAGAAGAAAGUCGUCUCGUUCGUUUUCUCAAAAUCUUGUCCUUCUUUCUUCCUCUCUGUUGAUUUGAAAAUCUGAGAGAGAGAGAGAGAGAGAGAGAGAGAGAGAGAAUGGAUCAGAUCUUCAACAAGGUUGGAUCCUACUGGUUAGGCCAGAAGGCCAACAAGCAAUUUGACUCCGUCGGCAACGAUCUCAACUCGGUGUCAACGAGCAUUGAAGGAGGAACAAAAUGGUUGGUCAACAAGAUCAAAGGGAAAAUGCAGAAGCCGUUGCCUGAGUUACUAAAAGAGUAUGAUUUGCCUGUGGGAAUCUUCCCGGGGGAUGCUACAAACUAUGAGUUCGAUGAAGAGACAAAGAAACUAACCGUUUUGAUCCCAUCGAUAUGCGAAGUUGGAUACAAGGAUUCAUCAGUCUUGAAAUUCACAACAACCGUAACAGGACAUGUUGAGAAAGGAAAGCUAACAGAUGUGGAAGGAAUCAAGACAAAAGUAAUGAUAUGGGUAAAAGUGACAAGCAUAUCUGCAGAUGCAUCAAAGGUCUACUUCACUGCAGGAAUGAAGAAGAGCAGAAGCAGAGAUGCUUAUGAGGUUCAAAGAAAUGGCCUCCGAGUCGAUAAAUUCUAAACUAACUCCUUCCUGGCUGGCUAAUGGGUAUCCCAUUAAUUAUAAUUCUUCCAAAGUUUGAUGAUUUUUUCGUUUACGUUUUGGUUUCGAUUCAAAGCCUACUGUGAGUGUCCAUUUAACUUAUUCAUGAAUCUGAUGAUAACUUCAAUACGGUCGGAGCAAUUCUACUUUGUUUUUUUCUUUCUCAAUUGUAUAAAUAACUAUUCGUGUGCUCGAUCGAUGAUUUGGACGUAAUUUUUUUUUUUUGUGUGUUGGUAA